AUGUCAUGCAAGUCUGGGAAUACUCUUCCACCCUCUCGACCAAAAGACGAACGGUGAGCGAACUAUUGCAGGAUUUCCCUCCUCUUCUAUGGUGGCAGAUGGCGCCAAAGAAGAAGCAAAAAGACAAUGUCACUAUUCGUGAUGUAAAAAUUCGACUACGCUUAGAUUGCGUAACGCAGCCAUCACCACAUGUUAUGGCUUUCCUCCGCUACAAUCCUAUUCCUGGCUGAUCAAGUCCCCUACGAAAAGCUUCUCCUCGAGCUCCGCGUUGCGUGACUCAGGGUCCAAAAAUGACGCUGCCGAGAAGGUGAAGGGGUUGUUCGUGGAGUUGAAAGUGCCUUAAACUCGUCAUUGCUCGUUAAGGUACGUGGAGUUUAGGGUGUUUGCGAACUUCCUAUAUAAUCUCCUCAUUUCUUUCUCACACCUCUGGAGUUGUCUUUAAAUCUUAUAGCCAAGCUUACAACAGUGAAACCGUGAGAUUGUGAACCAGGGAAGUAGCAAUUAUGGCUUCUUCGACAAUUCUGAUAAGCGCCAGCGUUCUGGCACUCAUCGUGCCUCAUUCUCUUGCUGUUCCAUUUGUUUCCGACGCCACAACCACUAUUACAUCGGCCGCCUCGACGACGGUCCCAGUGGUUUCCCACACGAAUGUUACUUCACACGGCCGCUUUACCGGCCCCUUUCCCACUACCAUAGGCGCGCUAUCGACUACUGUCACGGCCGCUUCUAUUGCGGCAAAGCCUCCCGAGCCAUUCAAGCUAAGGUAUCAAGCGGAUGGCAGGCUUCAUCAGCCGCAACCUGCGCCGUACACCCCAGGUGGCGGCUUAGGGACUAACGGAUCGGAACCGGUCUAUCGUGUAAUUAGCGAUUUUGACUAUCAAUCUGUGGCGCUGGCCCUUUAUCAGGAAUGGAUUGAACUUGACCUUUUCCAAUGGGGACUCUCUCACUUCUCUGUUGAUGAAUUCGACGCUGCCGGGUUACAUGCCGAAGACCGAUUCCUUCUUCAGUUUAUGGCAGAUCAAGAGAUUGGUCAUGCUACGGCCUUGACCAACAUGCUUGGUCCCCAGGCACCAGUCCAGUGCACUUAUAACUACCCGGUUUCGACCGUGCGGGAGUUCAUCGACUUCAACCAGAAGUUGACUCGAUGGGGAGAAUCCGGUGUUCUCGGUUUCCUAAACCACUUGGAUUCUCGUGAGACGGCCCAGAUACUCCUGCAGUCCAUCACCACCGAAGCUCGACAGCAGAUGAUCUUCCGCCAGUUCGACGGGCUUUUCCCCAUGCCCGUGUGGUUCGAGAUCGGUAUCCCGCAAUCCUGGGCCUGGACUCUCCUCGCGCCCUACAUCUCAUCCUGCCGCGCAAACCAGACUCGUCUGAUCUGGCAGAACUUUCCUCCCCUACGCAUCCUCAACCAACCGAACCCAGCCCGCAUCAACGGCUCCCAAGUUUGGAACGAGACGACGAGCGCGUACGCGAACUCUCUCGAGAGCAGCAACAUCACCAACGCCGACGCGUGCCUCUACGCCGUCAACGGCAUCGACGGCGCCGAGGACUGCGCCCCCGCCAUCACCCAGAACCGCACCAACCCGCUCUCGUACCCCGGGCGCCAGGUCUUCCUGCAGUGGGACAACCCCGGCGGCCGCACGGGGCCCAACAACAGCUACGUGACCACCACGUCGGCGGGGACCCCCCGCUUCGCCGCCUUCGUCUCCCAGCUCAACGUCACUUACGCGCCCCUCCGCAACAUCCGCGGCAACACCGCCAUCGCCAUCCAGCCCAACAUCUCCACCUACGCCGGCGACCCCGCUAUCAACGGCACGAUUUUCCUCGCGAUCACGGACACGGAUCUCUUUGUUACGCCGUUUAAUCUCUCGCUUAUUAACCCGCAUGUUAAUGCGCUGGCUAUUUACCAAGCUGGUUAAAGAGGGAAUGGGGGGUUUGGGGACCUGCUGCUGCUUCCUUGUUGCUGAGGUGGUCAGUUACUUAAGCUAGGGAGGUAGGGGUAGUAUGGGAUGUUGAUGUACCGUAUCACAUAUAUACCUAGGUAUCCAUGGAUAUGGAUAUGGGCAUGGAUAGGGGUGUGGAUGUUGAUGUUUUUGGGUACCUACGGAUAUAUUAUCUAUUUGCUACUCGAAACGUGGACUGUGUAUGAUAUGAUGUGGUGUGAGGCAGAUUACUUAGAUACAUAUCUAGGUAGGUUAGGUAUAAACGUAUGAAAAAGUUCGUCUACCCUAGGUAUCUACUAUGUAUGCACCUAUGUAGCUAUUUAGAUACCUAUAUAUACCUAUGUCAUAUUAGGUAGGUAGGUAGGUAGAUACCCUUUCUAGACCUGGCACACCCAUGUAUCUACCUAUGUAGUACGCUAUAUGCUGUACAUACAUACCUACCUACGUACGCACCUCAAUGUCAUACACAAUGUUUGUGAUAGGUAUUUUUGUCCCAUCCUUUCAAAAUGUACCUAACCUACUGCAAAAUAUGCAAUUAAGUUACACACCAGGCACAUG